CUGCGUUUGCCAGAGAGAAAAAAAAUAGGAUGCUAUGGAGACGAAAUCCAGGCUGCGCAACGCUCUUUGUUUUUAGAAAGGAUCGACCAACUGAGUUUUUUUCCUCGCUGUCUUUCUCUCCCCCUCCAUCCCCCGGUUCGGGGAGAGAGGGAGGGGAAAGUUGGACAAGAGUUUGAGCUUGCUAAAUCAAGCGUGAUGUGGAACACUGGAGUGCAGCUAUAGUUUACAGAGAGGGAGAGGGAAGGGGAGUCAGUGAGAAAGAAAGUACUUUGACAAUUUGCAUCUGGCCAAAAAAAAACCGCGGCAAAUUUCUGUUCUAUGUGAGUUACAAUUGCAAGGAUUCCAGGACAAAGGGGAGGGAGGAUGGAUAGUAACUUCAGUUCUCCGGCUGAAUUGUUGAAUUCUCCCCGGAUGCAAGUCUGGAUGGAGUUUUCUGGAAUAGAUUUUUGACUUUCUCGUUGUGGAAAGGGGGAAGAUUUGUAUCGGAGGGUGGAGGAAGUGGGUGGGAGAUCACUACACCCGCUGUUAUGCAACUGAGAAGGGGCUCUGGAAAGCAGAUUGGGGAGACGGUUUCCGGAUGUAUCCGAUCCGGUCACUCUGAGCCAGGGAGCUGCGGAUGGUGUUAAAGGAUGCCCCAGGCUGUGAGGGUCAGUUGGUACUCGCUGGCGAUCUUGGCUUGUCUCAGCUCGGUGAGCGGGGCUGAGCCGGUGUGUUGGCAAGCGGUGCUCCGUUGUCAGGAGGAGAAGGACUGUAAGUGGGCUUACAGCCAGUAUAGCGCCGCCUGCGAGCCCUUUCUCAAGGGGCUGAGGCGCCAGUGUCCGAGCCACUGUAUCGGCGCCUUGGUCAAACUCAACCAGACUCAGAACGGCCCCGACCUGGAGAACUGUGACUGCGACCAGGACGUGCAGUGCAGGCGGGCCAAGCGGGCCAUCGAGCCGUGCAUGCCCAGGCGGUACAGGGGCCAUUCGCCGGACGCGGCCGACCUAGGCUGCACCGCCGCCCGGCAGCGCUGCGAGGAGGAGUCGGUGUGCCACGGUGCCAUGAAGGACUACCUCUCCAAAUGCGGGCAGCUCUUCAAUGGCAGGCGCUGCACCGCCGUCUGCAAGAGCACCAUCCAGCACUUGCUGUCCAUUCCCAGUGGGAUCUUGCUGAACACAUGCGUCUGCGACGGGGUGGAGAGACCCUUCUGCGAGGUGGUGAAGGAGAACAUGGAGAAGUUCUGCUCCAUCGAAGGCCCCUCGCCCUUUACGGCCACACCGGACUCGGAGGAGAGCUAUGAAUACGAUGAUUAUGAAAUGAACAAAACGGAUUUAAGGCCAGAAACUAUAGACGGAAUGGACUCGCCACUGAAUGACUCUGCAGGACUGGAGACACACACGUGGUGUGCUCUCCUCCUCCUACUGAACUUGUGGUUUCCCUAAUACUUUGUGCAAACAAUUAUUUGCAGGUGGAUGGGGGUCACCUAAGGCGAAGACAUCAUUCACGUGAAAAGCUCCACUGCAAGCUGGAUAACCACUGGAACAUGUAAUCCCCACCCACCGCAUGUGGCCCCCACAUUGUGAAGACUGAACAUUCUGCAAGAAAACGACCUUUUACUUGACAGAGACAAUGUUGGGAGGAGGGAAGGUGACAGUCAGAACAAGGGGAGACAGUGAGACAAGGGGUUAAUUAACUCUCUGUCAGUGUUUUCCUCAUUGAUUCCACUCUGGCAAUUUUAAUUAAACACUGACAACAUGUCUUACUUCAGCACAGAGAAUCACGAAUAAAUCAAAUU